UGUCCACAGAGUUGCUGGGCUGGUCAGGUUGAGAUGAGAGUGCGUGGGGGCUGGUGGUGGCGGCAGCUUGCACUUAGUAUCUCCCCAGAAGUACCGAGAAGAACACUUGCGCAAUUUUAACUCCCGCAAAACUUGAACAAACCUUAUUUUCUCGAACAAGGAUAACUUGAGUGUGACCUCGCUACUACGUUGAAACUAAAAGAGUCAUGAUGGAGGUGCGGGAGGUGAUGGUGCUGCUUGUGAUGAUGGUGGCUUGGUUCUCCCCACCUGUAAGCCCACAACCCACCAUCCAACCACUGACCACCUUGCCCACCACCACACCUACCACGGUGAGUCAGUCAAGUGAUAUUGGUGGCGUGACAGAUGCGACUUCACUGUGGCAGUCGGUGCUCAAGGUGGAUCAACUGCUGCAGCGGCCCAACGAGUAUAACACCCUCAUGUUGGAGUCUGGUGAGGAGCCAGACCAGCUCUCUAGGCUGCUAUAUAAAAUGCAAGAGAAACAACGACAUUGGGAAAUGCAGUGGGAUAUGUACAACAUGAUGCCCAGGCCUGAUGUAAUAAUAAACAACAAUCUUCAGAUGGUGCACCAGAAUAGGUUACAAGUACCGUAUCAAGCAAGACCAAUGACAGCAAACCGAGUCUUCUUAAAAGAAUAGGGUAAGAGACUGAGAAACAAGGGCAAUAUGGCCGGUGUAACUUAAAAAGUAAUCCCAGGAGUUGUGAGAAACAUGGACCACACAGUCAUGUAAGACAUGGACCAAGGAGCUGUGAGAAACAUGGACUACACAGUUAAGGAAGACACGGACCAAGGCAUCAUGAGAAACAUAGACCAAAGAGUCACAAAAGGCUUAUUAGUAGCAGAGGAUUGUACUACUAAUACAUAAUGAGAGAAUGUAAUUUCUACCACACCUACCACUAAAUUUACACCAGAUCCAGCUACUGUGCUACUGUAGACCUACAUCAUUCAGUAUUUAAAUUUUCACCCCAUCAACAACCACUAGAUAUAAUGUAUACCAAUAAUAACCACCAUGACCAGCACACCAACAGUGUCAGCAACUACAGUCUCUCCACUCACAAAAACUACAGCAUUGAGUACAAGAGCUACUAGUCACACAACACACUCCUCAAGUCCCAGUACACAGCCCAGCCAGUCUUUGGAGGAUCAAUGUUGAUAGAUAUCUUCACUACCAUUUCACACACUGCCAAAAGCAAUGGUAAUAAUAAAAAAUGGCAUAGAACAGGCAUAUGAGGAGGUUAUGUACACAGACAGUAAUAGUAUUGAUGACUCUGUCAGUUAUAAAAGGUUACAUUAUCUUAUGAUGCAGAAACUCAUUCCUUUUCCAAGAAGACUUCUUGGAGACGGUUAUGACUUGGAGCUUUUCCUUAUUUCUGCAUUCUUUUUAGCUUCAGCUGCUAAGACUAUCCAUACUGCUUUAGCAAGAAUAAAUACUUUCAAGGUACUAUUCAAGUCUAAAUUUACUCUUGUUGUGAUAUAUUUAAUAAAUUAUUUAUUAAAUUUAA